AUGUCAGAUUUGGUUCUCGUUGAAUUUGAAGACCAGGAAGGGCGCAAAGUAUCAGAUAGACUCCAAAUCCCAGUCAAGAUACUUAGAUCGCAGCUGCAGCUUCUUGCAAACACAACGCUUGCACUCUAUGUCAAUGGACAGCCUGUUCUCGAGACCCUUGAGGAGACACUAAAGCUGCAGAAUAUUUUGUCAGCGGAGGAAGUUGUGAAGAUCAGAAUGUGUGAGGAAGAGCCAGCAACACAGGCGGCCUUCCACUGCUCGUCGUCCUUCAGUGGGCAUGAAGGUCCUGUGCUGUGUGUAAGAUACGGCAAUGUGAUCGUUACUGGAGGUGGAGACUCUACUGUGAGAUUCUGGGACCCCAGAACAAAGACACAGAGCAAAAUAAUCAAAAGACACGGGCAUUGGAUUUUAUCUCUUGACGUUUCGCCAGAUGGAAAGUAUGUUGCCAGCGGAGCACUUGAUGGAGGUGUUAAUUUGUAUUCAAGCGAUGGGGAGUAUAUUAGAAGUUUCCCUGGGCAUAGGAAGGGUGUUGUAGCAUUGACAUUCCAUAAGGGGAGCCUUGUGACAGGGUCUAGAGACAAUUCCGUUGUUGUGUGGAGCUUGAAUGGAGAAGUCCUUCUCUCGUAUGCACACACGAUGGCCAUCACAUGUAUCUGUGCUGGAGAAGAUUACAUAGCCUCUGGGAGUAAAGAUGGGAAAAUCAAGGUAUACAGGAAUCUCAAGUUUGUAGACGAGCUCCGAGGGCAUUCCUCCGGAAUCAAUGCGAUUGACUGCAAUGGAAACUACAUGGUGUCUGGGUGCAAUGGAGGGGAUGUGAUUGUGUGGAAGGGAUUCUCUCUGCACAAGAGAAUGAAGCACAAUGCAGAGGUUAUCUCUGUCUCGAUAUCACCCAACAGGAUUUAUGCAGCGUCUGGAUCAUUUGACAAGUCUGUAAGGCUAUGGAGUAUGGACUCUGGGCAGCAGCUUUUGGUCUUUCGCCACGUGGAUCUUGUGUACAAGGUCAAAAUGAUGAAUGAUCUGAUAGUCUCAUGCUCAAAAGACAAAACCGUCAAGAUGUUCCGUGUGAGCAAGAGGAGGGUAGUGAGCGAUCUUGUUUGUGAUGAUGAGGUGUACUGCUUCGACAUAAAGGGUGACGGAGGCAUUGUGUGUGGGACGAAGAGCAACAGAGUAUAUUUCUUCAAUUGA